AAUGAAUUAUGUACCAGUUAUACAAGAUAUCAUAGUCGGCAAAACCGAAAGCACAUUCAAAUCGAUAGAAACCGAAUUCUACAGCCAAUAUAGCCGAAGUGUUGCACGAUCCAUAUUCGUACGAAUGGUAAGGGCUGAAAAAUCUUUAGUCUGGUUAUAUGGACCCCGUGGAAUGCAAAUCAUUAUGGAUUGUUUGACGAAAGAACUAUUGAAAUCGAACCACCUGACAGCAGCAGAUACAGCCCCGAUGCCACCACUUCAGUUUGUUCAGCAGAUUCUUGUUCCAGAGAUAGCUGCACGACUUAUCCAAGAAGAUAAGAAUGUUUCUUACGACGACGCAGUGGAUAUCAUGAAAAAGAGUGCUAAAUUCGGCAGUGCCAUCAAUCCCACCAUAGAUUCGGAUGAAAGUGAAAGCAGUGAUGAAUGAUUAUAAAAAGCAACACGAAUCAUAACCCCUUAUGCAGUUCUGCACUUUUUUUUGUGUCAAAUGUCGUUUACCUCAUCGUACUCGACGAUUUAUGCUCUUCUUGUCUCAUAUUUAAGCUCUUGUGCCUUGUCUCCGGAUUAAUUGUUCUUUACAAUCAUAUCAAAACCUAUUUUCCUGAUCCCUUAUUUCUUACUACAUGUUUUGUUCUUCACCCUCCAAAUAUUCAACUAUUUGGUGUACACAUUAUUAUCAUCUUACAUUAUAUAUACGUCGAAUAUUACAUUGACCGUCAAAAUUUU